UUCUGUAUCUGUCCAGCAGGGGGCGACGCACGCGCAUCUGACCCUUCUGCCGUCAGAGGUCGUAAAACCGUCGUAAGUGAAGACGGUGAUCGUAACAACAAUCGAGCCGCUCGGUGAACUCUUAGAAGUUAGGUCGAGGAAAAUGUGGCUGCGGCAGCUGCUGGUUUCCGUCAUGGAUGAGUUCGCGUUGAAGGCGGUGACUGAAAUGUGUCAGAAAUUGGAACACGAGGAAACGACGCACAGCGAGGACGAGCUGCUGCUAAUGCUGAGGAAACUCUGUGAUGCUCUGCUGCAGGAGCUGAGGAGGCUGCUGGACGAGGAGCAGGAGCUGAGCAGCAGAAGCCAGGAUUCUGCAGAAGGGCCGACUCCUCUGCCGGACCCUCCCCCUGCUCAGGCGGAGGCAGCUGCCACGGACAGCGGACGGGCCAACCUGACGGCUCCCCCGAGGGUCCAUAGUGGGGGCCGACCCUUUGCCUGUCCCGUCUGUGGCAAAGGUUUCUCAGCUCGCAGCAGUGUCCGAGUCCAUCAGCUCGCAGUCCACAAGAAACAGCGGCCGCAUCAGUGUUCCCACUGUGGGAAGGCAUUUGGCACCCGCAGCCACCUCAGGGCGCACCAGUCCCGCGGUGAGCCGCUCACGUGUCCGUCCUGCACUGAGACACUAGCUACAAGAUGCAGCCUGAGGCAGCACCGGCUGAGGUGUCCGAGGACAGAGAGGCUCAGGUGUGCAGAGUGUGGGAAAGAGUUCUCCAAACAUAGUUACCUGUCUGCUCAUCAGAGGGUCCACCUGAAGGAGAAACCCUAUAAAUGUCCAAACUGUGGGAAAGGUUUCACUACGCGCCGCAGUGUUUAUGUCCAUCAGCUGACUGUCCACCGAGGACUGAGGCCAUUCACCUGCAGCGUUUGCAGGAAGACGUUCAGCCAGCAGAGCGGCCUCACCGCUCACCGCAGGACUCACACAGGCGAGCGUCCGCACACCUGCGAGCAGUGUGGGAGUCGCUUCUGCAGCAGGAGCAGCCUGUCAGUGCACCGUCGCAUCCAUACCGGGGAGAAGGCCUUCAGCUGUGACACCUGUGGCAGGAGCUUCAGCGUGUCCGCCAACCUGCGCCGCCACCGCCUCGUCCACUCGGGCCACAGGCCGUUCAGCUGUGACAUGUGCGACCGAAGCUUCACGCAGGCCGGACACCUGAAGGUUCACCGCGCCACGCACAGCAGGGAGCGGGCGUUCAUCUGCAACGACUGCGGGAAGGGCUUCGGGCGGCACAGCGCGCUGCUGCUGCACGAGAGGAGCCACACUGGUGUGAAACCAUUCAGCUGCAGCGAGUGCAGGAAGAACUUCUCCUCGUCUACGUCUCUGAAACGCCACCAGCUGGUGCACAGUGGUCACAAAGCUCACACCUGCCACAAGUGUGACAAGGGCUUCACCAGCGCCCAGGUCCUGAAAGCACACCUGCAGCUGCAUGAAGCAAACAAACCCUUCACCUGUGACGUCUGUGGCUGCAGCUACAGCUCACUGAGCUACCUGAAGACGCAUCAACGCAGCCACUCGGAGGGGAAGCCGUUCAGCUGCGCUCAGUGUGACAAGAGCUUCACCACGCAGGCAAGUGUGAAGCUUCAUCAGCGAACACACAGUGGGGAGAAACCAUUUGUCUGCGAGGUCUGUGGGAAAACCUUCAGCGUGCUUCAGAACCUCAUGAGACACAAACGAAUUCACAGUGGAGAGAAACCAUUUGAGUGCACCUUGUGUGGGAGGAGAUUCAGUCAGAAGAAUAACCUGAAGACUCACCAGAUGGUUCAUACAGGACAGAAGCCGUUCAACUGCUCCACCUGCAGCAGGAGCUUCACCUCCAUGAGGAGCCUCAGAGAGCACCGCUGUGUUACAGCUGAAUGAAGCUCAGACAGUUCAGAAGGAAGGUUUCCAGCAGGUCAGAGAAGACGAGGGCAUAUGAUUUCACAUGCGGCAGACCAUGUUGUCUUGUGUAUGUUGUUCUUCUCGGGUUCUGAUCAACGCAGGCUGAAAAUAGUCCAAAUUGUUGGUUUUAACGGCAGAUCAUUGGAAAAGUGUUUUUUGUCCGUAACAAAGAAAAUGUAAAAACAGGCUUAAAUUUAUAGUUUGUGGGUUCAGUAUCUCAAAGCUCAAACUCUCUCUCUCUCUCAAAAUGUCAAUAAAAUAAUGAUUCAACCUGUUU